AUGAUUGUGGAUUUGACGGCCUUGUUCUUUAGAGAAGCUGAGAUUCAUCUUCCUAUCCUUGAAUCCAAGGAAGGAAUUCCAAUUAGCAUGCUCGACAUGGAUGGAAUUCAUGAGUGGUGGUUCAAAUACAGAUACUGGCCGAACAACAGCAGCAGGAUGUACGUGCUCGAGGAUACGGUGUGGUGGCACAUCUCCUUAUUGGAGUUCGUCUAUACUCAUGGCUUGGUGACCGACGACUUCAUUCUCGUCUACCAGAACGUUGAAGACGGAAGAUAUAUCAUAGAAGCAAGAAAGAAAGGGCAGGAUCUUGCACCGAGGAUAUUUGACAAUCUUGCGAUGAAUGAUGCAGCACCCGAGCUAGAGUUCCCGGAACUCCCUGUUCUAGACGACACAGAGCUGCACCGGCUUAUCGAAAAAUCUGGUUCCGUCCCUGUGUAUGCGUAUGACAACGAUUUCUUGGACGACUCUCCCCUCGACUACAUGGGAGAGUCGAUCAACUUACCAAGCCUUGGAUCGGACUCGUCGUUUGAAGCCAUUGAAGACUACAAUCCUGACGACUUCAACUUCGGGUGGAGAGAGUAG